CUGCGCGUGUGUACACCGGAAACCCGUCGCGGCGUCGUGGAUCGAGUUUCGUGAUACCAUAGAACAAUAGUGAUACUGGCGUAGCCGCAGAACAGAAUAUAGAUGAAUAGCAGCCUUAAGUAGCCACUUAGCCAGCGGUUGUGGACDUUGUGGUUACACACAAUAUUAUGCUGAAACCGUGAAACUAAAGGCGAUAAGCGAUAAGUCGAGAAUAUUAUUCAUUUUCAUUGCAGGAAUUGCAGCUGAAACGCUUAAAGCUUAUGUAGUUGACGGUUGUACCCAUAACACAUUGACCAGUGACCACACAAUACACCAAAUAGGUAUAGACGUAUAGUAGAUACCUAAACUGUAAUAUAACUUUUUAUGUAUCAAAUUAAUAAAUGUUAUUAACACCUAAAUAGUAAAUUUUGAACAGUUGUACGAGUGUAUAGCAAGAUUAUGGAAACUGACAAAAUUUCCAUUUUAGAAAAAUGUGUUGCUGCCUUAGAACUGAAAGUAUUCGGUAUAAACAAAGAUGCACAAGCUGCUCUGCCGAGUGGUAGCCUUCUUGAAGAAGUGAAACAAGUUGACAAUAACAUUGGUAAUGCAUGUAUUGGUCAUCCAUAUGCUACUGCUUUACUCAGCCAUGUAAAACUUUUGGACAAGUUGAUGGAUCCUUUUUAUGAAGACUAUCAACCAGAAUURUCUAAACGAGAAGUUAUACUUUCUGCUGAAGCUGAAAUAAUUGGAUAUGCUCAACAACUUCAACAGCUUAAUGAAAAGUGGCCAGCUCUAAAUGAUAAGUAUUACAGUGAAAUAGACAAGCAUACUGAAGAAAUUGAAAUAUUGGUUGAGAAUGAACGCAAACAACGUGAAUUAAUUAAAGAACAAACUGAACACAUACACACAUUAUUAUUCAGGUAUGAACAGCUUAUGUUAAAAUUUUCAGUGGCGUUUGAUUCAUUAGAGAAAGAAAUUACAGUAUUAGAGUAUAAAGUUUCAAAAAAACCAGAAGAAGAUGAUGAAGAUGGUAWUUAAUGUUAAUGCCAGUGUUAAUUAUAUGUAUUGAAAAUAUAAAUAUUUAACUUUUAUUACAUAUUUGUAUAUAUCACAACUUGUUAAUAAAUAACUU